ACCACCCUUCUAAGUAUGGGAAAAGAUAGCCAAUUUACUGAUUUGGUCUCAUGAAAUUACUAACUAAAAAUGUGGAACUCUGUUAACAGAAUUUAUGAGUCUGCCCUGUUCAGGCACCAUCUAAACUGCUGCCUGUCAAUCAUCCAUGACAUCUGUGUGUUCAUCAGACAGACACACCCCCAAACCUGCUUCUCUUUGAGAUUGAAUUUCGUGAAUUGGACCCGUGGAUAAAUUCGGGCAACCCGUCUUAAAAUUAAGCAAACUGGAAAAAAUGUAUUGAACGAGUAUUUCAUGGUAGAUGUUUGCGUUUUUGAGUGACAGUCUACGUAUGGAGCCGGAGAUUUCUUGGUCUUGCAUUUUCAAGCAGUCCACAUAGGCUUCAUUUUUCAGAGCCAAAAGCUACAUCCACUUGUUAAAUGUAUGUGGCCACAAUUUUUGUUUUCUUUUGUUCAAAUUCAAAUACAAAUAACAAGGCACGUCAUAAUCAUAAUGAUACAUACUAUUAAACAGAUUGAGCAAUUGUCACAGGAGAAUAUAUAAUAAAAAACACACACAAAAAGAAAAAGAAACAAUUUGAACACACGAUUCUGAAUUCUGAGCCUGAAUUCUUUAAAAGAGAUUGUGUUUUUUUCAUUUUGCAACAUUUGAGAUAUUUUUUAAUAGGAGUUCUUUAGUGCAGACCCCUAAAGAAAGCCCCGCCCCCAGCCAACUUCUGCAAUCUGGCUGCUUUUUUACAAUCCCCUCUUCACAAUGCCCCCUCAAGAUUUGUGGCUGCCCCCUCAUACAUGCCUGUCUAGACCCGGCCCUCUCGACGCUGCUCGGCCUGGUUUCCACACUUCAGACUCUCUGGUGAGGAUUUCCUGAAACAUCACAGGAGAAAAAUGAAUGAGGAGUUUACUUCCGGAAACAGAUGAAUGCGCUCCGCGGCGCGUCGCUCUGAGGUGUUUUGUCCCAGUGAGCUCGCCGUACUUUCACAUGACUUCCACUGCGUGUGACCCAGCCGCAUUCCUCAGGUGGCACCAGCCCCGUCCCACCGAUGCCCGGGCCGCAUCGAAGACAAACCGCGGCGGAGAAACAACAUCCAGCGCCGGGUCGGACAGCAUCCACAGCUACCUGGAGCUGUGAGCCGUGUCGGAGGAUUUCUAACAUCUGACCCCUCCUGUGCUCGGUGUCAGAGGGGAUCUGCUGCCCGGCUUUUGCGUGGGGAUUCAUGGGCACAAGAUAACUGAUGACCGAGGAACCUUCUCUGCUCUUUCUGGGCUUUUCCUCGGUGAUGGCUGAGCUAAUAAGAAGGUGUACUUAUUUCUUUCUCUAUGAUGGAUCAAAAGUGAAAGGAGAGGGGGACCCCACGAGAGAGGGAAUCUGCUACUUCCAUCCUGAAGAGACCCCUUUAGAUAAGCAGGAGCUUCUCUGCGGACAGCUCGCCGGCGUAGGCCGCUGUGUCUCUGAGCUGUCCUCCUCUCCUGUGCGCAUCCUGAGGCUACGGCGCAGCAAGUAUGCCAUCCGCAUGAAGGAUGACUUCUUCUGGGCUCUGGGCUGCUCAGUGGAAGUCCCCACCGUCAGUGUGUGUGAGCUACUGGAUCAGCUCAUUAAUCUGUUUUGUUUCUACAAUGGCUCUGUCCGACAGAGCUACCAGCUUAACAGCCAGGAAACGUUGGCUGCUCGAUGGGGGCAGUACCUCUCAUACCUGCAGCCAGGAUCCUCAGAGUUCCAUCGCAUCUUCAGCUGUUUACGAACCAUCGACUCAACCAAUGUUGACCCACUUCUGUUGCUCAAAGCUGCCCUCAUUCUUCAGGCAUGUCAGCGCUGCCCUCUAGUGUUGGCAGGCUGCAUCCUAUUCAGAGGAAGAGUUGUCAGCACACAGAUGACUCCGGAGCUCACAAUGAAGGUCAUGGUCCAUGAGACUGAGAUGUACACAAAGAGGCACCAUGGACCAGGGGCCUCUGGCAGAUCCGGAGCUGCUGUCAGCACCACGACAGUGUUCCUGACCAUAUCUGAACUCCAGUACCUGCAGUCUGCUCCUGUCGACAAAGAUCUCAGUUCCCAUUCUACUCCACGCAGAGACGCUCCCCAGAAGAAGACCCGCCUGUCAAGAACAUUAUCUGAAAUGGCCUCCAGUGAGUCCGAUUCAUCUGACCUCUGUCCCUCCCAGUCUCCCCAGAAGGUGUCCGUCAGUCCUUGCUUGUCAGAAUCAGAUUACUCAGUGUGUAACCCAGCUCCAUCGCAGAGCACUGCUGAUCCCCUCAACCUUCCACCACAGUCCCCUGAGCCUCCUUUUUCCAUUGAACAACAUUCCUCUGAAUCGCCUGACAAAUCGUUUUAUCAGAGUUUUCACAGCAAUGAAGGUGGAGACAGCGAGGUACAUGGCAAUGGAGAUGGCUCUGCAUUUGAAGAAAACUCCCUCCUCAAUGGCUGUGGGACAGAAUUUGACCUGCGAGGGUCAGAGUCAGGCAAUGAGGAAUCGCGUGAAUAUGAGGAGGUGGUGGGAGAUAGAGGAGUGGAGGGCUGUGGGAGUGCGCAAGGUCACAAGGUGGAGGUACAAGAUCCUUCUCCUUCCUCUGGUGCCUCUGACAACCCAGAGGAGAGUCCACUGAUCCCCAUGACGCUGUACUUGCACCGGGUGAAAGGCUUGGUGCUGGCCCUGCUGGUGGAUCCUCCCUUCCUGAGUGACACAGCUUCUAUGGAGGAAGUGUAUCACAGCAGCCUGGCAUCACUCAACGGACUGGAGGCCCACCUGAGGACAAUUUGUCCAGGGGCUCCGGGGGCUCUGGGUCCCUAUAUCUUUGCCCAUUAUGACUGCAUUCAGAGCACACUGACGACCAACCUGUCUGGUCGACCAGGGGGAGCCCAGGAGCAUCCUUUUGUCAGGGCAACAUCGCUUCUUCACUCGCAUUUCUGUAACACUAAAACUCUGCAGGAGGCUAUUAUCAGGAGUGCCGGUGCUGCAGUGUAUGGAACACGCAGCGUGGCUCAGGAGACUUACUUCCAGCAGCACGGGGGAUCACUGAGGAACUCUGGCAUCCCCAACCACCAGGACAGCGCGUUCUCGCUGCCCAGCAAGGCCCGACACAGACUACUGAAGCACGGGGUAAACCUGCUCUGACCUAACUGCAGUGUGUGACUGUCUGACAAGCUGUUCUGUUAAUAGCUUUAAAAUUAACACAGAUUUGCCAAAAUAUGAUUCAAAGCUUCCUCUGUUUUUGGAGCUGCCAUAGUUAACAGAUUGCGUGAUAUUUGCUUAUUGUGUGUAAUGAAAAUAAGUUUAAAGUAAUUUAUGUUGUUGUGGUUUUGCCAGGUUAUGUUUGCACAUGUUUACAAUAAGGUUUUAGCCAUAUCUUUAGUUACUCACAUGCUUAGUUUACAUUUAUUUCUGCCAUGUUAAAACACACUCCUGUUUACUCUCUUCUCACAUUUUCUGGACUUUUCACAUAUUUUUUCUUCGGUCACAUCAAUGCAAUUAAGGUACAAAUUUUCUGUACUUGCAUGCAUUUAUUUAGAACUAAAUUUAGACCCCAGGUAAGAAUAAAUCUUUACUGUUUAAUUUCUGUACAUAAUC